CAAGACCCACAGCGCGCCGCAGGAACGGCUCCCGGCGGCUGGGGCCAGCGAUGGUGCCGUCGGCGGCAGUGUCUCUCAUACUUCUAGCUCUGUUGCUGGUGCAGUGGCCAGUGCGUCCCAAACUCGGGCAAGUGUGGCGACGGCACCCGUGUCUGUCACCCCGACGCCUGCCAGUGUCAGUGAACCGCGUGUUGGGCGUGCAGACUCGGCGCCGACGGCGGCGCUAGUGGACACGGCGGGUGCGGCGGCCAGCUCCCCAGAGCCGCCACCCAAGCCGGCCGACCGACCUCCGGCCCGAGUUCUUCACUCAGACGCGCACCAUCCCGUUUCGCAGCGCGUCAUUCUCGCGGGCACACUCGGCCGGCAUGGGCCGCGCCGCCCGUGCUGGCGGCGCCAAGUCGGCCAUCACCAUCCAGCCCGUCUACUUCAGCAUCAACAAGCCGGCCGGUGCCCCCGUCAGCUCGCACACGCUACCAAAGAAGUUCAAGAGCCACAGUUCUCCCGUGGCAGAGGAGCCGCCUGCGCCGGCCGAGCUCAAGCCCAUGCAUGUGCGUCACAAGUCCGACUCGAUGGUAGAAUGGGACAAGACUGCUCCUGAGGAGACUCUAGAAGUCGCGAAGUCCGCCGCUUCACAGCGGGACAGCCUACUCCUGGACGCAUUGCUCAAGGAGAUCAACCAGGGCACCUCCUCCUUUCUAGGUCGCGAAUGCAAUGAUAGUGCUGAGGGGAUCGAGGGCUCAAGGUCUGGCAAGGUAGAGGGCGGGGAUGCUGAGGCGAUUCCUGCCGACUCGAAGGUGUCAGGCGCCACCGUCGGGCUGCUGCCCACUGAUGACGUCCCUCCAGCCUCCACGAACGACGCGGGCACGGAAUCGGCGCUCGUGAACACAGACGGUGAAUAUGCGGGCGAGCCAGGCGCACCAUCGAAGUCCGCGGCCAACCACCCGCCUGCCGCGUCCGACGCCCCACUCGGCGCGCCGCAGGUGAAGACGACGCGCGAUGUGAUAGCGACACCGCACGCCGAUCCUGCGGCGAUACCGGCGUCCUCGUGCGCGCGCACGUCCGACACGGACGUAAAGAGUGGCCACUCGGCCGCGAUGAAUGACCGCGGCCAAAACAAGCAGCCGGAGCCGCCUGAAAAUAGUGGCGUCGAUCAGAGCGCUGCCACCGGCGGCGCCGCGCCGCAGCCAGACGUGGGUGGAGGCGCGCGGGGGGUGUCCGCCGAACUCACCACGGGUCCGCCGCCGCCGGGAAAAGCCGCCGAGCCGACCUCCGCCGAGCCGCCACCGUCACCGGCUAUAAAUAAUUGGGAUGCCAUAACGACACCGGCCGCGGCGGCGGACGGUGAGGCGGCGGACGGCCAGUUGCGGCUGCAACAGGCUCACGAGGACGUGCUGAAUAUGAACUUGGACCAACUGGACGAAGAGGGCAAUGAAACGGUGUGCCGGGUGCAGGAGAACUUCCGGCAGGCGGUCAAGAUGGCCGUUGAGACGUUGCUCAGCGAGGUGAGUGCCGGCGAAGAGCAGACCGAGCUGGUCACGCUGCCCGCCGGCGCCGUCCGAGAGCGUGAGGUCGCUCAGGUGCGCGUAGAGGGCAAGGAGGUCACCGACGAGUGGAGUGGCUCCGAGGAGCUCACCACAACCUUCACUUCCAUCCAGAAGGAGGAGCGGCGCUCGGAUCAACUGCCACCGCUGCUGGCGCUCAACGCCGGCGGGACGACGGCGCGCGACGGGCAGCAGCGCAGCGCCAGGACCGCCCUCACGCAACGCUUCAAGUCCAAGAGCCUUAGCCCGAUCCCUUUCCACUACCGGGAGGAGGCCAUGGCGCAGCUGGACGAAGAGGCGGCGCCCGAGGCGGAGGCGGCACCGCGGCCAGGCACGCGCGGCAAGUCUCGCAGCCUGGGGCACAAGCAGCGCAGCUUCGACCUGAUCGACCACCCUCGCAACGAGCGCAAACGCAGUCUGAAGCGCAAAUCAGAGAAGGCUGCGCUCAGCCUGGGGCCGAGCAACGACAGCCUGAGCUCCUCCUCGUCGGAUGAGCUGCGUCCACGCGGCCGCAGUCUGACCCUGGACAAGAACUACGCGCGUCCCAAGCCAGACAAGGUGCGCGCGCGCGCCGCCAGUGGCGCGGCCACGCUGCGGCCACGGCUGGCGCACCAGGCGCACGGCGGUGAGCUGCUGCCGCUGGACGAGCAGCUGGCCUUCGGUGCCAGCCGCCGUCAUGUGUCGCCUUCGCUCCUGUCGUACGACAGCGACGUGGACCGAUUUCCACGCAGUCCGCAUGGGCCGCGCCGCCGGCUGCGCGGCCCCUACGGUGAGAUGCUCGAGGGCAAGAUGAGUCGCGGCGACUCGUACCGCGCGCGCGGUGACGACUCACUCAAGUUCCUAUCGUCGCUGGCGGAGUCGGCGUCGGCGUCGCCCUCACCGGCUGGCUCUUCCCCGCGGCCGGAGCGGGCGGCGGCGGCGGCGGCGGCGGCGGCGGCCGGCUUGGAGCGACUGGCCGGCGCCUCCGACCGCGAGCUGGUGCAGCUGGAGCCGAGCCACGUGCGCACGGUCUCGUCGCCCUCCGAGCUCGCCCACUACUCGGAGCUGCUGGCCGAGGAGUACUACGACGGCGUGAGCCCUGCGGCAGAGAGCCUCAUCUCGCAGCUCACUGUCGAGGAGGUCGGACAGAUGCGCGCCCAGCCCAGGAAACGGGGGCGAAGGCUGUUCAUAAUCGGAGAGCUACUGGACACGGAGCAGUCCUACGUGGAGUCCCUUCGGCUCCUCAUGAGUUACUCCAGAAAACUACGAGAACCGGAACUGGGUGCCCUCAUGGACCCAAACACUCUCCUGGAUAUAUUCCAUAUGAUUCCUGAAAUCCUGGAGAUUCACGAAGACUUUCUGCGUGAGCUGAUGAUGCGCGCUGACAACUGGAGCAGUCAACAGGGCAUCGGGAUGGUCUUCCUCGACAAGGGGCGAAGGCUGUUCAUAAUCGGAGAGCUACUGGACACGGAGCAGUCCUACGUGGAGUCCCUUCGGCUCCUCAUGAGUUACUCCAGAAAACUACGAGAACCGGAACUGGGUGCCCUCAUGGACCCAAACACUCUCCUGGAUAUAUUCCAUAUGAUUCCUGAAAUCCUGGAGAUUCACGAAGACUUUCUGCGUGAGCUGAUGAUGCGCGCUGACAACUGGAGCAGUCAACAGGGCAUCGGGAUGGUCUUCCUCGACAAGCUAACAGCACCGGUUGUGCUGGACACGUACACGGCGUUCGUCAACAACUGGCCCACAGCGCGGGAGGCGCUGCGGCGCGCCUGUCAACUUAAGCCCGGACUGGCCAAGUUUCUGGAGAGCUUGGAGCGCUCAAACAAACGGAAGCUCAGCUUCACCCACCUUCUCAUCAUGCCCGUGCAGAGGAUACCCCGGUACGAGCUCCUACUCAAGCAACUGGUGAAUCACACACCACCGGAACAUCCGGACCUGGGCGCGCUGCGCUCGGCGCUCAGCGAGGUCCACCAGCUGGCCUCGCGCAUCAACAGCCUGGAGCAGGAGACCAUGCAGAACGAGGCACUACAGCAGAUGCUGCGCGAGGUGGAGGCGGCCGUGGACGGGCUGGACGGUCUGGUGAUGCCCGAUAGGAUAUUGAUUCGUCACGACCAGGUGACCAUGACGACUACUCUGGGCACCAAGAAGGAGCGCUGCCUCUUUCUCUUCAACGAUCUGCUUGUGAUCGCCAGCAUCAAGCGGCGGGCGGGAGCCACCCGCAAGCCCUCCACAGCACUGGCUGACGGCUCGGUCACGGGCCUGGAGGCCAACAAGUACAAACUGCUCAUGAAGAUUCCUCUGGCCGAUCUGAACGUUGCGCGCUCCAAAGACGAGAAUCUGAGUUCGCUUCUGAAGGAGGUAGAAAAGAUUGAAGAGGACAUUGCAACCCUGCGUCAGAUCGGGGUGAUGGUCUGCAAACUGCACUGUAAUCACUAUCAGGUGGAGGAGCUUGUGAAGGAGAUGGCGAACGUGCUAAAUAAGCAGCUGUCUGAGCGACACCGCGCGGAUAGCCAGCUGAUGCUAUUGCAGCUCAACGUGGCCACCCAGGAGGGGAUUGAAAACAUCUCGAUGAACUUCUUUGAAGUGGAAAAACGAACGGCUUGGGAGCAGAUCUUCAACGAGACUAAGCAGAAACUAGCGCUGUCGGCCGACCGGCGGGCCGUGCCUGAAUUCCUGUACCCGCUGCCGAUCCGCAAGACCCGGGCCGGCCUGCAGUUCACGUGCGCUGCGGCCACACUCAGCGCCAGCCCGCAGCACCGCAGCGACGUCUGGGUCUGCAACAGUGACGGCUACGUCGGCCAGAUCUGCGUACUGAGCCUGCGACCUGAGCCCACCGUUACCUCCUGCAACGGCGUGUGCAACUCACGCAUCCUCUGCAUAGCGCCCGUGCCCAGUGCGCAGGCCAGGCAGAGCGAAUCGGAGGCGCGCGCUGGGGUGUCGCCGGUCCCUGAUGCCUCCGCCCAGACUGCGAGCCUGGAAGAGAAGGCUGGCACCAAUAUCGACCUGGACAGCUCGACCGACUCGUCCGACUCGGACGACUCCCGGCCGGACGAGGGUCGGUCGGCUGCUGAUGAGGCCCGCCUCCAGGACCAGCCCACCAUGUGGCUCGGCACCGAGGACGGCUGCGUGUACGUCUACAACUGUGCCGACUACGUGCGCAUUAAGAAGACCAAAGUAAAGGUGCAGCUGGGCUCGGCAGCGCACGCCAUCGUCCAUCUGGACGGCCGCGUCUUCGUGGCGCUCGCCAACGGCACUGUGUCUGCCUAUAGACGCACCGAAGGAAGUAACUGGGACAUGCAGUGCCCGGAAGUGAUCCAGGUGUCCUCAAGUCCAGUCAACCGGCUGGUGGUGGUGGCAGGAAGGCUGUGGGCCUGCUCGCAGAACCGGAUACGUAUCAUCGACCCGGCCACGAAUGUCAUAGAGAAAACGGUGGUGGUGAACAGCGACAGCCAGGCGACCAUCCAGUCUCUGGUGCCGUCCGGCCUGGGUGUGUGGCUUAGCUUCCACAACCUGGGCACGGUGCGGCUGUUCCACACCAUGACGUUCGAGAUGAUCUGCGAGGUGGACGUCACUGCGGCCGUCACCCGCAUGCUGUCAGGCUGUGACGACAUCAUCCGGCAGCACAAGACGGCGUGUCUGCGCGUCACGGCACUCAUGGUGUGCAAGGAGCUGCUGUGGAUCGGCACGUCGGCGGGCGUGAUCCUGAACCUGCCGCUGCCGCCGCUGACGGCCUCCACCAGCUGGCUCACCAACACGCUGAGCAUCGCCGGGAUCUCGCACGGCCACACGGGCCACGUGCGUUUCCUGGCAUCGGUCGAGUCCGUGGUGGAGGUGGCGGCACCAGCCCGCUACCGACACGCCCGGAGCGCUCUCAAGGCCAAGGACAAGCUGCCGCACAAGGCUGCUGCCGGAAAGGUGCUGGUCAUCUCCGGCGGCGACGGAUACGAGGACUUCCGGUCAUCCGGCUCGGAGCUCUCUGGUCGAGACGACUCCACCAAUCACCUGCUGCUGUGGCGGGUGUGAGCGCGCCAGCUGGCGAAUGUUGUCAGACGCGUGCCAGCCCCACCGCCUGGGGCAAGAUGUGUGGUGAAAGGUCAGCCGGUCUGACCCCAGAACGCUUUACAGUGGUCGCAACGACCGCAGACAACGCGGAAAUGCAGAACUCUUGUUAAACGCGCAAUGUUGGUGAAGCCAUGGCAUGCCUGUCACGUGAUCCGUUGGCUAGUAUCAUCGCCUAACCAGCUCUGAAUGAAACGUAAUUGUGUUGCGCGGACAGCGGGAGAUCGGUAAUGCUGCUGCUCCUUGGUCCACGCGAUAGGCACACUAGGCGCUCACGGCGGGUCAGGUUUUUGUAUAAGAUAAACACACACUGCAGUGUUUUAAUCAUUGCAGUUCACACGCCAUGCCUUUCUUGUCGCCAACGGCCGAAACACUAAUGCACACUUGGUUUGACGUCUUUCCGCCAGACAGUUCCCUCGAUCGACAAAGCCGUCCUGUCCGACGAAAGCUAGCGAGCUCAUUGCAGUUUACCAUUGACACGUUAGUAUUCGUGGCAUGCACGUACGUGAUGGCCAUACCAGUUAACCCUCGGUUAUCCGCCCGUAUCAGCAGCGAUGUUUUGAGGACACUGACACGCGUCAGGUUUAUGUGUUUUCAUUCGCAUGUGCAC